UUCCGGUGUGAGAGGUCAUCUAAGAUGGCGGCUCCGGACGAGCUGUUCUGUUGGGAAGGAGACUGGGGUUUACCGUCCAUCAACACCGACUGUCUGGUGGUUCUGGCUUACGCUCAGUUUGCUGGAGCUCCUCUCAAACUUCGGAAGAUCUCCAACCCCUGGAGGAGUCCCAGCGGUUCUCUUCCUGCUUUGAGGACCAAUCAGAAAGAGACUCUUUCCCGGCCCUCUGACAUCAUCAUCCACCUCAGAAAACAGAAAUACAAUGCAGACUACGAUCUGUCGGCCAAAGAGGGAGCCGACAGCCUGGCCUUCAUCUCUCUGAUGGAGGAGAAGCUCAUGCCGGCACUGAUCUACACCUUCUGGAUCGAGCCAAAGAACUAUGUGGACGUGACUCGCCGCUGGUACGCCGAGCACAUGCCGUUCCCCCUGAACUUCUUCCUGCCAGGUCGAAUGCAGCGGCGACAGCUGGAGAAACUGCAACUGCUGCGAGGAGACGAGAGCCUGGAGGCCGGAGAGGAGCUGGAGAAGGAGUUGUACCGUGAUGCUGCAGAGUGUAUGAACCUGCUGUCCCAACGACUCGGUUCGCACAAGUUCUUCUUUGGAGACUCGCCCUCAUCUCUGGACGCCUAUGUGUUCGGUCACUUGGCACCCAUCCUGAAGUCCAAACUGCCCAACGGGAAACUGCAGCAGUGUCUGAAAUCCCUUGACAAUCUGACCAACUUCUGCACCAACAUCUUGCUGCUCUACUUCCCCAGAGAUAACCGAGAGAGCUCCAGCCAGAAGACGUCGUCCCAGCCUGAAGGUGGAGACUUCGACCACGUCCCCAACAAGCGGAGGAAGCAGAUCCUUUCGGCCCUGGUGGCUCUGGGUGCCAUGCUGAGCUACGCCCUCCUCACCGGCAUGGUGUCCAUCCAGCACGUCCAGCAGGAGGCGCUGGAGGAGCCACCAGACUUGCAGCCCAUCGGAUCUCACGACGACGAGGAAGGAGACGGCUGAGGUGGACAGGCGUCAUCACAGGAUUUCAUGGACAGAAGUAAAAGUAUUCUGGAUAAGAUCUGGAUGUUACAGAUAAUUGAUUAGCUGUAUCUCACCAAAGAGAGCCACAAGAGAUGUGUUGGUAUGAAAUUUCUCUUACUAAAAAAUUAUUUAUCGACACAUCGAGCCUUUCAGUGGACACAGAGCUGGUGCUGGUGUAUGUACAGAAAUAAAUUUUAAAAUUAUUCACCAGAUAUUCAUCAAAUUGGGUACCAUUGUUUCUUAAAAUGUAGUUUUGUUGAACUUCUCUUAACUUUUGUUGCAUUUUUUACAAACAUUGUUCCUUCAGUAAGUAAAGUUAGCUUAGGAUUACUUUGUCAUUUAGAAUGGGUUCGUUCUGUUCCCUAAACCCAAAUCGUGUUCAUAAACAAUCAACACAGCUUCUUUUCUGCCUUCGACAAAAUUAAUCACAUGACAAUGACAAAAAAUAAUAAAUCUACAACUUAAGACUGA